UUUGUGUCGCGUGUCUCAGGAGUGCUGCAGGUCGCACGCCCACUGGACUACGAGGCUCAGCGCUGGCACAACCUCACUGUGCGCGUACGUGAUCCCGUCAUCGGCGUGUACGCGGACGCGCUCGUCAUCGUCGCCGUGACGGACGUGAACGACAACGCGCCGCGCUUCCCUGCACCCGUCCUGCGCGCCGCCGUCUCCGAGGCCGCCGUACCGGGCACUGUCGUCGCCAGGGUGAAGGCCAGUGACGCGGACACGGGCGACAACGGCCGGCUGCGGUACCGCUGCGUACGCGGGUGUUCCUUGUUCACCGUGGCGGGCACGGGGGGCGAGGUCGUCCUCAUCGGGGACCUGGAUGCUGACGGCGGGGGCGACGAGCCCGUGCAGCAUGAGCUCCUCGUCUCAGCCACCGACACGGGACUGCCUCCCCUCAACACCACCGUCACCAUCGUCGUCACGGUUGAAGACUUCAACGACAACGCGCCGGUGUGGGCGUCCGCCGCGUUCGCCACGGCGGUAUCCCCCGACGUGGCGGUCGGCCAGGCGGUCACGGCGGUACGAGCGGCGGACCCCGACAAGUCGGAUGGCGGUCGCCUGCGCUACGACAUCGUGGCAGACGAUGGCGGCCUGCCGACCUUUGUGGUGCAUCCGACGUCUGGUGUUGUGUCCGUAGUGUCACCACAACGUCUCGCUGACGUCACGUCUCUGGUGCUCAACGUCUCAGUUACUGACGGCGUGCACGUCGUCUUCGCGUCCCUCAACGUCACCGUCACGCCCACCAACAACCGUCCACCCAAGUUCAGUCGUGCGCUGUAUGAGGCGCGUGUGGCAGAGUCGGCCGCCCCUGACUCGGCCGUGGCCAGCGUGGAGGCGGCCGACGGUGACCCUGGCCCCUACGGCAGCCUCGUCUACAGCAUCCUGGGCGAUGACCACAGAUCUGUGUUCUCCAUUGACCAGGACGGAACCCUGCGCACUGUGGUGGAGCUGGACCGCGAGGUGCAGUCCUCGUACCUCGUCGUGGUGUCAGCGACGGACGGCGGCGGCAAGACGGACUUCACCAGAGUCCGCGUCCUCGUGGACGACGUCAACGACAACGCCCCCCUCUUCGCGCUGCCGCAGUACCAGGCUAACGUCAGGGUCGACACCGCAGUGGGCGACACAAUACUCAAGGUGGUUGCUCGUGACGCGGACGAUGGCGCUAACGGCGCCGUGAGCUACGCGCUCUACGAGGCGAACGCGUCGCUGGCGCUGCACAUGUUCGACAUCGACGCGCGGCUCGGCGUCGUGCACCUCAAGCAGUCCGCCCUGGGGCAAGCGAACGAAGUGUAUCAGUUCUUCGUGCGUGCUAGUGACGCAGGGCACCCCGAGCAUCACAGCGACGUGCCCGUGAGCGUCUUCCUGCUGCCGCCGUCCCACGCCAGCCCCCGCUGCCCCGCCUCCUUCAGGAGGUUCUUCCUGCUCGAGGACGCCGCGCUGGGGACGGUGGUGACGACCCUCUGGCAGGGCGGCCCCAUGCCCGUGCAGUACUGGCUGGUGACUGACGGUGCGCCUGCUGACGAAGGGUCGCUCACUGCUGACAAAGCGUCGCUCACUGCUGACGAGACUGCGCAGUUCAGCGUCUCGCCGUCAGGAGACGUGAUCCUCAACAGGAUGUUGGACCACGAGACACGACGAAGUCACGAGGUCAUCGUCGUCAACCAGACCCUGACCUCCCCCCCAACCCUCGACUACAUGACCAUCCAAGUCGUGGUGAUGGACGUCAACGACAACGCCCCGGAGUUCGGGUCGUCGGUGUACGAGGUGCAGGCGGCUGAGGACGCGGCCGUCGGGGCGACGCUGCUCAUCGUCACGGCGUCUGAUCAGGACGCCGGCACCAACGCUCAGAUAACGUACGCCCUGUCCCCGUCCACCCCCGCGACGGUCAGCCGUCUUGUGCACGUCACCCCCGAGACCGGCGUCGUCAGGCUCAUCGCCCCGUUGGACAGAGAGACUAACGAGCGCCUGUCUUUCGUGGUGCUGGCGUCAGACGGAGGCGCCAGCUCACUGUCAGCUUCGGCCACUGUCGUCAUUACCGUCAUUGACUGCAACGACAACCCUCCUGUCUUCUCCAACCCCGUCUACUACGCGUCUGUGUCGGAGGACGCGCAGCCCGGGGCCGUGGUGCUGCUGCUGCCGCUCUCAGACGCUGAUGAAGAUCAACAACAAAACCUCGACUUCUUCACUGACGGGAACGACGCCGCUCUCUUCUACAUCGACCCUACGGGCCAGGUGCGUGUGGCGGGCAGCCUAGACAGGGAGACGCACCCCACGCACCGUCUGUCAGUGACAGUGUCUGACGGGACCUUCUCUGCCAACUGCUCCCUCACCGUCUCCGUCGUCGACGUCAACGACAAUGGUCCAGUAUGCCCGACGUCUGAAAUGCAUGUGAGUGUCUCGGAGGCGGCGCCUCCUGGCGAGGCGCUACUCGUCAUCGAAGCUUCGGACGCUGACGCCAGCCCUAAUGAUGUGUCUCGGUUCGCGUUGUCGGGUGCGGGCAGCGAACUCUUCGCGCUGGACGAGCGCACGGGAGAGCUCACCACCGCCGCGCCCCUCGACCGAGAGACCACCGACACCUUCCUGCUCACGGUGAGGGUAUCUGACUGGCUGGUGCCAGAGUGGCACUGCGAUGUGCUCGUCGUUGUGGCAGUGACGGACGAGAACGACAACCCUCCUCUCCUGCUGGAGGGGCAGUACUCCGCCACUGUGCCGGAAGACGCGCCCCUCAACACCGUCAUCACCAAACUGCACGCCACCGACCCUGAUCUGGGUGACGGCGGGCUGGUCCACUACCGUCUCCUGGACUCCGAGGAGGGCCACUUCGUCCUGGACGAGCGUGAGGGCCUCGUCAGCCUCGCGCGGCCUCUCGACAGAGAAGAGCGCAACCGCUACACACUCGUGUUCGAAGUGAGCGACGGUGGCACGCCUCCCCUGCACUCUACCUCCACGCUACUCAUCACCGUGUCAGACAUCAACGACAACCCGCCUGAGUUUGUGCGCACGCUGCUGCAGGCGUCGGUGAAGGAGAACACCGCCGUGGGCGCUGAGGUGGCACGUGUUAUGGCCACGUCACGAGACGUGGGCAUUAAUGCUGAGAUUACGUACAGCAUUCAGCCCAGCAGCCUGUCAGCCUACCUCCGUAUAGACCCCAACACCGGCGUUAUCUCCGUGGCUAAGGAGCUGGACUUCGAAGCCUUACAAAGCGUCGUGGUGUCUGUGAGGGCGACGGACGGAGGGACGCCGCCCUUGUCGUCCACGGCGCUGCUCAACCUCACGGUGCUCGACACCAACGACAACGCCCCUGCCUUCACGCAGCAGUCCUACACAGGGCGCGUCAGCGAGGGAGCUCCUCUCGGCGAAUACAUUGUGCAGCUGGCGGCUCAGGACGCCGACAGCGGCGACAACGGCCGCGUGGCGUACAGCAUCAGCCGCGGCAACGACGCCGGCCACUUCGCCGUCAACGCCAAGACCGGCGCCCUCACCCUCGCCCGCAGGGUGGACAGAGAAGCCGCUGUGCAACACAGCCUUGAGGUGACCGUCAGCGACCGUGGUAGUCCGUCGCUGUCAGCGAGCGUUCCCGUGACCGUGACCGUGGGCGACAUCAACGACAACGCGCCGCUCUUCGACCAGCCCUCCUACGCCGCCAUCGUCCAGGAGGACAAGAAGCUCGGUUAUCCGGUGCUGCGCCUGCGCGUCACGGACGCGGAUGGUGUGGGUAACGCGUCACCCUUCACGUGGGAGGUCACGGACGUCACGUCAAACCCCAACCUCCUGACGGGCCUCAACGUCUUCGCUGUCGACCAAGACGGCGUCGUCAGACUCGCCACCAUGGGCCUCGACCAUAAGGUGAUAAGCGAAUACAUGCUUCAUAUCCGCGUGUACGACAGCGGAACUCCUGCGCUGUCGUCAGACACCACCGUCAACAUCACGGUAGUGGAGCGCUCUAAAUUUGCUCCCACUGUUUUCCCUGUACACGUGACCGUCUUCUCCUACCGCUCGGCGUACAAAGGAGGCGUCAUCGGGAAAGUCAAUGCCAUCGAUAAAGAUCCAUACGACACGCUUCUCUAUAGCAUCGUGCCCUUCAGCAAGGCUGGCAGACGCUACGGGGACGAAGACUACUUCGAUGUGGAUGCUGAAGACGGCACGCUGGUAGCUGUCACCCCGCUAGACGCUGGCACCUACCGUCUUAAUAUCUCCGUCUCGGAUGGCAAAUUCCAGCGCUCUGUUAUAGCUUCUAUUGAAGUGCGCAUCUUUACGCAGGCAAUGGUAGAUAGUUCAGUGAUCGUACGCUUGGGUUCCAUGUCUCCGGAGGUCUUUAUCGCAAGGUACAAGAAAGCUCUUAUCAGCAGCAUUGCUUCAGAGCUCUAUCUGAGUGAGAGCCAAAUUGUGCUCAUUAGUCUGCAAACUGUUGUUCAUGAGCGAUUAGAACGAAGGCGCCGAGAAACAAAUGAGGGAUUAGAUGCACUAUUAGUCCUGCAGAAAAAUAACCAGGAAUAUUUUACUCGGCUGGAAACGAUUACAUCUUUAGCAAAAAGUCUACCUCGUAUUAAGAGGAAACUGUCGCUUGACCAUUUGAGUAUAAUGGAAUCUCUGUGCCGCAACAAGGAGCAAUGUUCAGGUAAUGGUGACUGUAUUGACGUAGUGGUCGUGAAAGAUGAAUCGCUCAUGCCCCUCAAUACGAGAGUGGAGAGCGUCGUGCCCCUGCGCUUCGAGCACAAUUCUGGAUGCAUCUGCCACCAAGGCUUUGGUGGUGACAACUGCAAUGAUCUGGUCAAUGCAUGUGGCCACCGGCCUUGCUUUGAAUAUCAGGUGUGUACGCCUACAGACCUCAUCCCUAAAGGACACUUGUGCCACUGUAAGAUUGGCUUUUCUGGGUCCCAGUGUGAAGUUGAUGUGAGUAGAUGUGAUAGCCUCUCUUGCUACCACCCCGUCCGACCUUUAUCAUUCCGAGGCAAGAGCUAUGCCCAGUACGAAGGAGUUGGCGUUAAUGAAGAAAGUUCUUUCCAGCUGAGCCUGUUCUUAAGGACGCGUCAUCCUUAUGGAGUCCUGAUGCACGUUGCCGGGACUAUUGAUUUCAGUACACUCGAAGUUCUUGAUGGUUACCUGCAGUAUCGUUGGGAAUGUGGCAGUGGUGAAGGAGUCGUUACAUUCGCUAAGUUCAAAAUUAGUGACAAUGGCUGGCACUUUAUCAACGUAACGCGAAAAGGAACUUUAUCUGUUCUGUCUGUGGACCAUCAAGAGGUCUCGAGUGUUGCCCCUGGUGACAGUGAUGUUCUUAAUCUGCUGUCCGAUACAUUGUACCUGGGGGCCAAAAUUUCAGGUGAUCACUCCCAUACUCAAGCGAUCAGUCGUGGUUUCAUUGGUUGUGUUGACGAAAUAACUCUGAAUGGCCACUCACUACCGUUGUCUCUAGUGACGACUGGAUCAGGCGCUACAAAACUCAAACGUUUCGUCAACAUUGAGCUCACAUGCCCUGCAACUUUACCAGCACCAGGAAUAUGCGGGUCUCAUCCGUGUCUGAAUGGUGGAACAUGCACUGAAAUAAAUAAGACUCAGUACGAGUGUUCCUGCACCGACCGAUACUCGGGUAAACAGUGUGAGCUGGACGGAGCUCCAUGCUCCGACUCGCCUUGUCUCAACGACGGCGAAUGUCUUGUCGUAGGGAACUCGUACUCGUGCAGUUGUCCGGUGCGCUUGUCUGGAAAGCGAUGCGAGUACGGGACUUUUUGCAAUCCAAACCCUUGCUUAAAUGGCGGGCGUUGCGAAGAAGGCAGUCGAGGCCCCAUUUGCAAAUGCCGUAACUUCGCAGGCGAGCGAUGUGAGCGCGACGUCGACGAAUGCAAGCAAAUGCCGUGCCAGAAUGGCGGUACCUGCCUAAAUUACCACGGAGGCUUCCGGUGUUUGUGUCCCUCUGUAGCUAGUGGAGAAUUUUGCACUGAACUUGACGCUCGUGGUGAGUCAGGCAUCAACAUUGCCCUCGAGGAUCUCCUGGUCAUAGUGCCGGUAGUGCUGCUCUUCGUGUUGACGGUUGCCUUCAUUCUUUUAUGGCAACGACGUCGCUGGCGCCGGAAGAACCUGCAACGCAGCAACCGAGUCAGGCUCACUUCUCACGUCAAAAAUGAUCUCAAGUCUGAUUUAAGACCUCACAGAAACUCAAAGCUUUGCAACGUUGAAGCUGAUCAGCUGAACAUGCAGUACCCGACGAUGCGGCCGCGGUCCCUCAUCAGUUCCGAGGACGAGUCUCUGAAGCAGUGGACGGAGGCGCCUCAGAACACUCAGGACGCCUUCGAGAUGGACGUGCUCAGCCACCCUGGCGACGGCGCCCGCAAGAUCCCUCCUGACGCAGCUUCGGGGGAUCCCAACAUGGACAAGAACCUUGACCGCAGCAACCCUAGUUACGUUAAGCUGGUGGCGCAGGGAGACGGCAACCUGUACCUUGCAGAUCCCAGCAACGUCCAACACAAACCUUGGAAUCACAACUACAACCUCAACGACCCUCAGUAUAGCUUUAUUAAAGGGGAAAUGUACGUGCCCGUGCCACUGUCGCCUCACACCUGCUCCCCUGUGGCUGCUGCUGCCGUUCCUAAGAAUUCUCGUUCACAUUAUGCGCCCACGGACGAGAUCGGUGAGAGCAAACUCUCCGCUGCUCACCGAUUGGAUCCCUCGUUUCUUCAAAGCCACGAGACAACAAAUCCUGGACACCCAGAGCAACCGAGUCCAGGAUGCUUGGAGUCGCCUGCUCAUGGAAGCUCUCAAAAUCAUCCGAGUUCAAAAAGUUUCAAACAUGUUACUCCAAAGUCUGAGAAUGUACACUUCUUUCCAUUAUCCAAAUCAUCGGUUUGCUGUAAAGAGUCUUCUCCGAAUUGCCAAUCACAGGAAUGCGUGUCACAAGUGUCCAAGAAAGACGUGUUCAAGCAGCGUAUCAGUAUCCCGCUGCUAAGGAAGUCUCAGAUCAAAAAACCACUGCUUCAGUCCUCAUCAAAUGACAAAGAUGAAUGCCCAGCCUCUGACGAAAAAAUGACCGAGUGCGAUAUUAACACCGCAAAUUUUGGUUCUCACACCAAUUUACUGUCAUUUUCCAUUAAAGAAAGAAAGCCAAAUUAUGAGUGUAUCAGCUUUUCAUCGCCAUCUUCUCCUGCUUUGCAUAAUCUGCCAAUAGAGUUCCCGUCUUGUGAUAAUCUUCUGUUGGCCACUGAGACUCGUCCUUAUGAUGUCAUGACAAAAAGCGAUUUCUCCGCUAACAGCGAAUACCGCUACUCCGACAGCGCCUGCGACUCUGAAAUGGACUCCAGCCUUCAAGUCGGAUCCCUCCAGAGCAGCGUGUACGAGAAACGUUUAAGCGAAUUAUGUGCCACAGAAGAUGUUAUUUACCGAGCUCCUUCUCGUGACCGCAUAUCCCAGUUAAACAUAAACAGGCGUGGAAUCUGUUUCAAAGACUCCCAGGACGGAGCCUGCUUGCUUCAGUUCCAAAAUGAUCUCGAUGAAGAUCAGGUUAACUGCGAGGACUCGAACGACUCGGUCGGUCAUUUGAUGACGAAACAAGUAUCAAUCUUGGCGGCCGAGUAUCCCGCAGAAGGAGUUGGCGGGCGGCCCGUCACGCCCCUGACAACCUUCCGCGGCGCCGACCAGAGCGCCGGGCGAGCGCAGCAGCUCGACGUCGCGCGACGAGGCGACGACGACGAUGACGGUGGAGAAGUUCGGCCUCUGCUGCAAUACACGUCCCAAGCGCUGCCCGAAGUGGUACUCUGCAGUCAGGACUCACAGGCUGCCGCGGCAGCGGCUGACCAUCCAGCCGGCAGCUCCUUAACCAACGCUCCUGAGGCUUAUAAUUACUCCGGCAAUCUGAGGAUUGGUCAUGAAAUGGUCACAGUUUCGGAUGCCCAAGAGUUGUAUCCUUCAACGACAUCUUCCCUGAACAGCUUACGGCAAAAUUUACCCAAUAACGUGCUUCAAAUUUCUGGCGAUGUCUCCCGGGGUUCUAAUUCUCCGUCGAUGUAUCGUGUUUCAUCUGACAAUGAGUUCUCGAACAACGUUUCGUCUCCCCCCGCCAACAAUAUAAGUCUAGACUCGAGUGACGAUGCUAUCAACGAAACUCCAGUGCCAAAUUCUAUCAAACUGCUCGGUGUGAACAUGCCGUACAACAUCGUCUCCGACGAACUCCCACACGUCAAGAUUAGCAAUACUUCGUCCUCUGAUCUAACACUUCCUAGCAUUCCAAAAAUCCGCAACGACAGAAAUAUGCGCACCCAUCCGCGCUUGCGCAAUGGUCGCGACGAUGCGGCGUCUGGCGCUCGGAUGGGCAACCCUCGUCGCCGGCGUCCCAUCGUGCGCGGCGACUACGGCCGCGUGUCUGACUUGUCCUUCGCCACCGACGACGAUGUUGGCCGCAACUCAGACUACGAGACGUCUGACCUCGAGAACGAUCGGAUCAUGAGCCAGACGGAAAAAUUGUGAAACCCUUCAUGUUAUUAGGAGGAUCUGAAUAACUUCGUGAACUGCACUCACUUUUGUUCUAUAAUGACACCGGAACAAUUCCAAAUUAAUGCAAUAAUAUUUUAUCCAAAUGUGUUUUAGAUUUUUUUUAAAUGACUGAUUAUCACUACAUGUCUCUAAAAUGUAUGUAUGACGAUUUGGGAAUUGCUCGCAUGUAUAAUUGUUCAGUCUGUGUUUCUGAAGAAUUUU